AUGAAAAUAAUUGUUCCAUUGCUAAUUAGUCUUGUUAUUUUAUCCUUAGCUGAAGCAAAAUAAGAUAGUGAUACUAUUACUAUUAUUAAAAAUUGUUAAGAUAAAAUGGAUCCUCCUAAAAGUGCUUGUACAAGCGAUGCUGAUUGUAAAUAAGCUUAGCUAGAAUUUAACACCUGUGCUUCACAGUAAUGCACUUCUUUAGACUCUGUAAGUGACUAAGUUUCUUGUGCUAAAAAAUGUUAUCCUAGUAACAGUAUCCUUAAAAAAUAAACUGAUUUCAUGAUUGAUUGCUUGAGCAGUCCUAUAAUAAUUAUAGUUUCUUCCUUGAUAUCUUUCUUAUUUUUAUUUUGA